AUGCCAGAAGAAGGUACAAUGCUAUAUUUCAAAAAUUAUGAAAAGCAACUUCCAAUGCCUUUUGUAGUUUAUGCAGAUUUUGAAUGUUUUACUAAACCAAUAAAUACUUGUAUUCCUAAUCCAGAAAAAUCUUAUAGUUACAACUAUCAAAAACAUGAGCCAUCAGGAUUUUGUUAUUACAUUAAAGGAAUAGUUCCUAAUAAAUCAUUUGUACCAGUUAUUUACACAAAGACUAAUGAUAGUGAUAAUAUAGCUGAAGUAUUUGUUAACAAAAUUACAGAAGUAACAAAAGGUAUAUAUAAUGAUUUUUAUCGCCGUUCAAAACCACUUAUACCUACACGAGUUGAACAAAAAUCAUUUGAUAAAGAGGAAAUUUGUCAUAUUUGUAAGAAAGAAUUACUAGGCGAUAAAGUUAGAGAUCAUUGUCAUUUUACAGGAAAGUAUCGUGGAGCAGCUCAUAACAAAUGUAAUCUUAUGUGUAAAAAACCAAGAAUAUUAACAGUUAUAUUUCACAAUCUUCAAGGUUAUGAUGCUCAUUUGUUUAUUAAACAACUUGCAUGUUUACCAGGUGAGUUAAAUUGUAUUCCAUCUACUGAAGAAAAAUAUAUUUCAUUUUCAAAAAAGAUUAAGGUUGGUGAGUACAAAGAUAAAUAUACUGGAAUAACUUUACCAAUAAAUUUUGAAAUAAGAUUUAUUGAUUCAUUCAAGUUUCUUCAAACAUCACUUGCCAAUCUUGUUUCAAAUCUACAACCGGAUGAUUUCCAUAAUACAAAACAAGUAUUUAAGAAAAAUACAGGAAUACUAACACGAAAGGGAGUUUAUCCAUAUGACUAUGUUUCAUCACUUGAAAAACUAUCCGAAACACAAUUACCACCAAAAGAAGAAUUCUAUUCAAAACUGAAUGAUGAAGAUAUAAGUGUUGAUGAUUACCAACAUGCUAUUAAUGUAUGGAAUAACUUUGAAUGUAAAUCAAUAAGAGAUUAUCAUAAUCUUUACCUAAAGUCUGAUGUCCUACUUCUGUCAGAUGUAUUUGAAAACUUUAGAAAAACUUGUCUCAAACAUUACAACCUAGAUCCAGCACAUUAUUACACAUCUCCCGGUUUAGCUUGGGAUGCAUGUGUCAAAGAGACAGGACAAAAAUUACAGUUACUACAUGAUUAUGAUAAGUUAAUGAUGUUUGAGCGUGGUAUUCGUGGAGGAAUAUCCCACAUUUCAAAAAGAUAUGCAGAAGCAAAUAACAAAUAUAUGAAAAAUUAUAAUCCUGAUAAAGAAUCUACUUAUAUUCAAUAUCUUGAUGCAAAUAAUCUAUACGGUUGGGCAAUGUCUCAACAACUUCCUACACAUGGAUUUAGUUGGAUGAAAAAUAUAACAAUAGAAAAAGUAAUGGAUAUUAUGGAGAAAGCAAAUCAUAGUAUGUCAAAUCGUGGAAGAAAAGGAUAUAUAUUUGAAGUUGAUUUGGAAUAUCCUAAAAAGCUAUGGGAAUCACAUAAUGACUAUCCUCUUGCACCUGAGAAGAUGAUUGUUAAUGGUGUUGAAAAACUUAUAUGUCAUUUUAAACCCCGAAAAAACUAUGUUGUACAUUAUCGUAAUCUUAGACAAUAUCUUGAGAUGGGAAUGAGGCUUACUACUGUUCAUAGAGGAAUAUCAUUUUAUCAAAGUUCUUGGAUGGAGCCUUACAUAAGAAAAAAUACAGAGCUUCGAAAAUUAGCAGCUAACAGUUUUGAGAAAGACUUUUUCAAACUAAUGAAUAAUAGCGUUUUUGGAAAGACAAUAGAAAACAUAAGGAAAAGACAGAAUAUAAUUCUUAUUGAUGAUCGUAAAAAAGCUGCAAAACUAACGAGUCGUCCAAACUUUGAUAGAGCAACAAUAUUUGAUAAAAAUCUAAUUGCUGUUCACAUGAAAAAGACAGAAGUGUAUUUUAACAAACCAGUAUAUGUUGGUCAAGCAAUUAUAGAUUUAUCAAAAACAUUAAUGUUUGAUUUUCAUUACAAUUAUAUCAAAAAGAAAUAUCGAAACAAAGCUGAGUUAAUGUUUACAGAUACUGACUCACUUUUAUACCAAAUUCAUACGGAUGAUUUUUAUCGUGAUAUAUCCAAUGAUAUAUUAGAGAAGUUUGACACUUCUGAUUAUCCUCCUAAUCACAAAUCUGGUAUACCAACAGGAGUAAACAAAAAAGUAAUAGGAAUGUUUAAAGAUGAAGUAGCUGGUAGACAGAUUACACAUUUUAUUGGUCUCCGUCCGAAACUUUACACUUUCAAGAUAGAUGAUGGAAGAUUAACCAAAAAGUGUAAAGGAAUAAAAAAGAAUGUUGUAAAAAAAGGGAAUAGAAUUUGA